CUGCCGAGAUUCGGGCAGAAAACGUGGGCGCAGCUGGCGGCUCAGCUCAGCGCGUCCGGGCUGCCGCGCUGGCCUUGAACUCCGCUCCCAGGCCCCGCUCUAACCCUGACCGUGGCGAUCGGCCCAUGCAGCUCUCCGCCCCCACCCACCCCCCGAUCUCCCGCAACACGUCCUGUUUUCCACCCGACGCCCCGAAACAGCCGGCCGAGGCGGGGGCCGCUGCGCGCCGCUCCCUCCUCGCGGGGCGUCCCCGGGGAUCCCCGCCCGCCGCUCCGCCUCCGCCCGUCGCCGCCCGCGUCACCUGGCGGCCCUGGGCCCGAGGCGGGCGGCGGGGACCUGGGCCCGGCCCCGGCGGCCGGUGGGGCCGAGAUGGCGGGGCCCGGCCGGUGGGCGCCCCUGCUCCUGUGCCUGCUGCUGGCCGCUCCAGGGAGCCCCCGCCUAGCCCCUCCUCGGAACGUGACACUGCUCUCUCAGAACUUCAGCGUGUACCUGACGUGGCUCCCUGGGCUUGGCAACCCCCAGAACGUCACCUAUUUUGUGGCCUAUCAAAGCUCUCCCAUCCCCAGGAGGUGGCAAAAAGUGGGAAAAUGUGCAGGAACCCGGGCCCUGGAGUGUCCCCUGAUGUGCCUGAAGAAACAGGACCUGUACAACAAGUUCAAGGCACGUGUGCAGGCGGCUUCUGCCAGUGCUCGGUCCCCCUGGGUGGAGUCCAGGUACCUGGACUACCUUUUUGAAGUGGAGCCGGCCUCACCCAUCCUGGUGUUCACCCAGACCGAGAGGUUCCUGAGGGUCAACGCCACGUUCCAGCUGCCCCCUUGCACGCCCGCCCUGGACCUGAAGUACGAGGUGGAACUCUGGAAGGACGGCACCAGAAACAAGACCCUAUUUCCAGCCACCCCUUAUGGCCAGCCAGUCCAGGUGCCCCUACAGCCAGCCACCAGCGGGUGCUACUGUCUCAGCGCCAGGACCAUCUACACCUUUGUUUCCCUGAAAUACAGCAACUUCUCCGCCCCUGUCUGCUUCUUCCUGAAUACCCCAGAGACCAUCUGGGCAGUCCUGGCCUGGCCGUCCCUUCUACCACUGCUAUUAGUGAUUGCCACGGGGGGUGUGAUCUGGAAGAGUCUUCAGGGCAACCUCUGGUUUCAGCAGGCAAAUAUGCCACAGGCCCUGGACUUUUCUGGAUACAGACGCUCCGUGGUGACCUUUCAGCCCAGUGGACUCGAGGUCCCAGAUGUCUUGUUCCUCUAUCCCCAGAAGGAACUGACCAGAAAGGUCAGGCUGGCCCCUCAGGUCAGGGCCCUGGACACCCUGCAGGCAGGGUCAGAGGAGGACAUCACCGGGGACGAAGAUGACCAUGCCGGCUUCCAGCCCUACAUUGAACGAACAACCUUUCUGGGACCAGAGCUCCGGGAUUCAGGGCACUCUGAGGCAGGAGAGUCUGGCGUGGACUCGGGGCGACCCUGGACACCUGAGGUCCCUGGAGAAGACUCCUCUGCCUGGGAUUCCUCAGACAGGAGCUGGUCCAGCACUAUGUAUUCCUCGCCCUGGGACAAGGCUGGGUCCUCCGGCUAUUUGGCCAAGAAUGGGCCGGGUCAAGGGCUUGGUGGGGACCAACAUCCGGAGCUCCUGUCACACCCGGAAUUCUCUGAGGACGUGGGCUUCCCAGAAGAAGCCCUGCAGGACAAGCUCUCCUCGUGGGCCACCUGGGGCUCCUCGUCCCCACAGCGGAAUCUGCUCUCUGAGGAGCCCCAGGUGUCUCUUCGAACACUGACCUUCUCCUGGGACAGCAGCCCAGAGGAGGAGGAGGAGGAGGAGGAGGAGGAGGAGGAGGAGGAGGAGGAAAAGCAGGAAGAAGAGGAGGGGGAGAGGGAGGCAGAGGUGGAGAGCCUGGGCACCAGCAGCCGGGGGGUCGAGGGCUGUCUGAGGACCCAGGGCAGGAGUCGGGUGCUGGGGCACUACAUGGCCAGGUGAGCUGGCCCCUGCUUCCUGCAAACCCGGUGCUGCAGCUGUGGCUGCCUGGCUUCCCAGGAACCAGGACAGCGGAGACUGGAGAGCCCACCUCCUCACCGAAGCAGCAGAGGGUUCUCCCAGCAUGUUGGGGGGUCCCAGCCAGAGGCUGGUUGUCGUCUGGGUUAAGUGAUAAGAUGCCACCGAUUCCUAUGAGCCACCAGCUUUGGGCUCAGCUGCAGGAGGGAUGGAGACAAGAGCUGGCCACAUGCAGAGGUCUGCGGGGGUCAGGUCACUGCGGGUGUCAAAGGGCCAUCUGGGACAGGGAGAGGACUGGCCCUGCUGGAGGGACAUCUGCUGUGCCAGGGUCUCGCUCGACUCUCCCAGCCCUGAGCUCCCUCCUCCUGAGAGUCUUAGCCUCCUGAUUGGUGGAUUGGGGGGCCCCUAGGGUGAGCCCCUGGUCAAGAUCCAGCUGGCCGAGGGAGCCGGGGGAAAGGGAAGCUGUCCUUCAGAGCCCGGUCUCCGGAGUCACGGCACUGCACACUUUUUCAUGUCAGACAGACCCGGGUUCGGAUCCCGCUCUGCUGUGUACACGGUGUGUGGCAGGUGAGGCACCUCGCUCUCUACCUCAGUUUCUUCACAGGCAGCCACCGCUGGGGUGGUAAGGCUCGGGGGACCUCAGAGGGGUGUGGCACAGAGCCCGCCACGUCCCUGGUGCUGCCUCCGUGGUGGCUGGCCGGAUGCUCCUUCCACACAGGCUCCGAGGAGAAGCCAGGCAUCCCCCACAGUGACCAGGUGCACCCCCUGCCGGCCUGUCGCACCUGUGGGCUCCCCCCGCCCACUGCCAUGCUCUCUGCCCCUGCUCACCCAGGUCAGGGGACUGAACCCGCAGGGGCCAGUGCCCAGCCAUGGGCAGCCCUGGGCCGCGCCUCUUCCCACAGUGGGAGUCCCAUGACCGGCCUUGCAGAGCCCCGAGCAGGGACUGGACCCUUGUUGACUGCCCUGGUUGUAAAGGGGUCCCCGGUUCCUGCUGUCGUGAGAAACCAGUGUCUUCUGGGAACAGGCGACUGUCCUUUCCUGGGGGACCUCAGUUCACCUACACCCACCAGAUGUGGGCAGGCAGAGCUGAGUUGCCACCCGGGACAGGUUUUGAGGAUCUGAACGGCAGUGGCUAUUCACUCCACUAUGAAGAAAGACCUGCAUGGCCACUGUUCCCGGGGAGCUACGUUGGGCUGCAGCGGCUGAGGGCACAGGGAUAUGAAGUAUGAGCAAUCGGCUUUUAAUUGAACACCUACCUUGUUUCAAAGAGGCUGAGGUUCAGAGUGGCAAAGGCACCUGCCCAAGGUCACUCAGCAGUGUGUCCCUAAUGACUUAUGUGUUCCCAAGGGUGAAAUCUAUGGUCUCUGCCCAGCUGAGCCAACCCUUGACCCCGUGGCCAUCUAAACAAAGUAUGUAGGUCUCUGCCAGAAUUUCCAAAGGCCAGUAAGCUGGUAGGAGAACCCUCACCAGCAUACACGCACACGCACACUCACUCACGCACGCACACAAGCACACACCUCCUCCCUGGGAGUUUUACCUUCGGUGAGACUUGUCCACAUGGUUGAGCCCAGAGAGGAACAAAUUGGAACAUGGCUCCCUGGAAGGCCAUGUGGAGGGCCAGGUCCCGGAAACACCCGUCCCAAGACUGAGGUUCUGUCUGGGCCUCCACUGAGAUGCUUCAUGGAGGAAAGUUCAGGAAACUCAAGGUUGUCAUGGCUACGGUAUUGUCUUAGGCCCGUAUGAAAUACCCUCUUGAUUUCUAUUCUUCAAUCCUGAUAUUUUUAAAAGGGUUUUUUUUCCCAAAGUUGAAUUUCUGAGAUUUUUGGUAAUUCUAAAUUCCAACUCCUUUCCAGUCAUUAACCAAAAAACUUGGGAGACAUGAGGGAAGGACAAACCCUGCAGGAAGGUGUCAUGUGUGUGAGCAGCGACAGUUUACAAAGCCCUCUCACCGCCACAGCGGCUGGGGGGUGCGGGUGGGGUGGGGCCCUACUGAAGGGCAUCAGGGGAAGAGUGUGUCGCCUCAGGUUAAGGUGACACGUAUCAUUCUUUAGAGUGCUGAGAAGAUUAUGUAUUAUUUUUAUGUAUUUGUAUUUAUAUCUAAUUUUAUUGUACAUUUAUAUCCUAUUUAAAUAACACCCAAAUGGUCUAGUACCCCAAACUGUUUAAAUAAAGAGCCCUAUUUUUAGA